AUUUUGGAUUCGCAAAUCAAUUCAAUGGUGCUCAUGACGAUUUGAUGGCCACAUCUUGUGGUAGUCCUUGUUAUGCUGCACCAGAGUUGGUAAUCAGCGAAGGGUUAUAUGUUGGAAGUGCUGUAGAUAUUUGGAGUUGUGGCGUUAUUUUAUAUGCCAUGUUAUCAGGAUAUCUUCCUUUCGAUGAUGAUCCUUCAAAUCCCGAUGGUGAUAAUAUAAAUUUGUUGUACAAAUAUAUUAUUAAUACUCCGUUGGCUGCAAACCCGAUGAAUUCAUUAGUAUCACAAGAUGCAUAUAUCCAUUCUGGUGUUUCAAUUUCGAAUAAUUUCCUAACUCCUGAUUAUGUUGUGGAACAAAAAAACGAUGCUUCCGGUAAUAUUACCGUUAAACGUCAUACCAUUCAAGUAGAAUAUGAAUAUCCUGAUAAUAAUGUUGAAGGUUAUAUCGAUUAUCCUGAUGAAGAUUUUCAAUUUGUUGAUGGAACUCGUCUUGGUUCAACAAUUGUACCUGUAGCAACAUCUGAUAUGAUAUUAGCUGAAGAACAGGAAGAAAUAUUAAUAAAUGAUUAUGACACUUCUAAAAAUGAUACUUCACAAAAUCAUUUAGCUGCUACAUCAUCUUCUAAAACAGAUAAACAUUUUAGUAUAACAUCAACUGCAUCUGGUAAUUCUGAUAAAAGCAGUGGACCAGGAAGUACUCCACCAGGAACUCCAUCAACAACUACUAGAAAUUCUGCAAAUGCUGGCACAGGUUUAUUCACUUUAUUUGAAAGUGAUCCAAAUAAUAUAAGUCAAUUAAAAGAUAAAACUCCUAGAAUUAAUAAUGUAAAUAGUAAUCUUGUUCUACCUCCUCCAAAUGAUAAUUUCCAACCGGAUUUACAAAAGAACUCAUCCCCAACUCCCAAAAAGAGAGAUGCUCCACGCACUAGACCUGUAACUGUACAUGGUCCUCCAUCUGGUUCCCAAGACUUUCUAUCAAUGGUACCAGGUUAUAAACAAACUUCUAAAAAUGCAUCUUCGAAUGACCAGAUUUCAUCACAAAAUAACAAUGUUAAUUCACUAAAACCAAAAAUUCCUCCUGUAACCACUCCACCUACCAUACCUUUACCUGCAAUUCCGGAUAGACAUGACUCAUUAACAUCUGUAAACCAAAAGAAACAAAAAAUUCCUUCAUCAGAAAAAAUUAAUCAAUAUACUGAAAAUGUUCCAUCACCAAUAGAAAAUGGUUCUUUAAUUACAAAUAAUAUUAUCAAUUCUGAUUUAAAUGAAGAAUCGAAUUCAAUUAAUUCAAAAACACAACCCUUACAAUCUACACAAUUACCACCACCAUCUCAAAAUGUUGAUAUACAAUCUGAUACUGCUUCUGAUUCAACUAGUCUUAUGGAUGAUGGUAGUGAUUCUAGGAGCAAAAGAGGUGGUAAAAGGAAAGCUUUGAGCUUAAUGGUUGAAUCAUUUAAAGGGCCUACUAGUCAUUCGACGCAUAGUGUUGCUACAAGCAAUAAUGUACAAACAAAAGAUAAGAGGAAAACCCUCGGUAGUGGUACACCUUCUAGUAGUUCUAGUGCUGCUAAGAAAGUUAUGGAUUGGUUUAGAAGGAAAUCUUUGGUAAAAGAUCCUAUAACUACACAUAAUUCUACCAAGAUUCCCAAAGUUGAUAAAACUGGAACAACAAAUGGUGAAAUUUCUGCCAUUCGCUCCAAGAGUAAAUCUAAGAGACAAAAAAAUAAUCCUGCAUUAGUUGUCACUCAACCUAAUAGUAGUACAAAUUCUCCUUCAUCAUCACGUCAAUCUACAAUGUCUUCUUUUAAUAAUGUGGACACUAAACUUCGUUUACAUCAUGGUGCUGUCGAUAAUCAAGCCUUAACUGAACGACCUCCUUAUGAAAUUUUCAUAGUAAUUAAACAAACCCUAGUUAGUAUGGGUAUAGAAAUAAAACGUGAAGGAGAAUUCAAAGUUAGAUGUGUGAGACGUAAGAAGAAGGUUGUUGAUAACAAAUCCUCUGCUAAAGAUAAAUCUUCAAAGAUCAAAGAUACUUUGACAAUAUCUGAGGGUUCUGAAAGUGUUUUAGAUUUGACUGUUGAAAAGAAACGUAGAAAAUACUCGGCUGGACCAUUUAAAACUUUGUUGCGUCGUACAAGUUCAAACAACACCAACCAAUUGUCAUUUACAUCAUUAUCUAACAGCAGCUAUAAAUCAAAUCAAACACCAGACGAAUCGGUAUCUGCUUCUGCACCAAAUAGUCCUACAAUAGGUCCAAUUAUGACACUUACCAGUCCAAUGAAUAGUCCAGUCUCAACCUUAGCUCCAGAAGUAUUAUAUGGUGAUCCUACAACAGAUUCAGGUGAAGAAAUUAGGUUUGCCGUAGAAUUAUGCCGCCUUAAGAAUCUUCCUGGAUUAUACAUUGUGGAUAUCAAAAGAAUGAAGGGUAAUCUUUGGGCAUACAAAUUUUUGUAUCAUACUCUUCUCGAUAAGUUGGACCUAAAGGGUAAAGGAGGUUAUUUAACUAUUGGAACAAGUGGUGGAAUAAUGCCAUAA